AUGUUCACAAAAGGUCCCGCAGCGGAAGUCCCUUUCGAUACGCCCUCCGGAUGGGCAGGGGGUAAACCAAGUCCGGCCACGGCUUUAGACCAUAUUAUGCGGAAAAAGAAGCAUCACACCAAUGUGAAAAGCAGCUGGCCACAAAUUGGGGCCCACAACAGCCAAGAGCCCAUAGGACCGCCCUGCGAGUUGGAGGUGCGCCUGGAAGAGGACAAUUCUUCGGCGGCGAUGCCGUUAUUGAAGCGUCUUCCGGCCACCCCGCCAGGUGAACUACCCGCGGCGCGCCAAGCCACCGCCGCCGCCACCAAAUGCCAGCGACACUGCGCUCGGUGCGCGGAGCAAGGCGUGGGAAGGCCCAGCGCCACAGAUUUGUUUCAUUUCGAGCGGAGGGCUUGCAGCCAGCCACCCUCACAGGGGGAGGCGGCCAUAGACCCAAUCGCGAACCAUUCGGCCGGCACGGAACAGGCCCAGAGCGCGGAUAAGGAUACGAACGAAGCGGCCGUCAGAUCCCCAAAAA